CUCUUUCUCUCUCACUUUAUCUCAUCCCUCCUUUCUGUUGGUAAAAACAGAAUCAAUCUUGGAAAGAGAAUAUCACCUCUUGUCUCUCCCCUGCUUGGCUCUCUAUUGGGCAAAGGGAUAUACAGCACUCCUCUCCUCCUCUGUCUUCUCUCGUUCCUGGAAAGCGUCGAUCUAAUCCUUUGCUUGUUUAGUCUCCCUGCUCUUUUGGGGUUGACACUUUUUGGAUUCUUUUUUUUCCUCUCCUCUGGGCUCUUCCUCUUCUUCCACAGUUUGCCUUGUCUUGCUUUCCCUCUUGUUUUCUUCCUCAAUCAAGGACUGGUGCAGAAAGAUAGCAGACUGACUUUCAAAAGGAUAGACAGAUAGAGAGAGGGGGAGAGAGAGGAAGAGGAGAACCCCAGUCUUUGAUCAAGUCUGUCAGCAAAGCAGCCAUAAGUACAGAGGCAGAAUGUCCACCCCAGUCUCUCCCUCUCCCUCCCUUUCUUCCCUGACCGUGUCCACCCCGUCCCCCUCUGCGUCCCCACUGCCCUCUCCCCUCUCGGCUCCACCGCGGGUCCCAGUCUUCCAGAGGAAGGGGGCCCUGAAACACAAGAGGAUCGUCGAGGUGAAGGACCAUCAGUUCACGGCCCGCUUCUUCAAGCAGCCCACCUUCUGCAGCCACUGUACUGACUUCAUCUGGGGCAUUGGGAAGCAGGGAUUUCAAUGUCAAGUGUGUAGUUUUGUGGUCCAUAAGCGCUGUCAUGAGUUUGUCACCUUCACCUGCCCGGGAGCUGUCACCGGACCCAAAGCAGAGGAUGUGAAGAGCAAACACAAGUUCAAGCUGCAAACAUAUUCCAGCCCCACCUUCUGUGACCACUGUGGCUCUCUGCUCUACGGCCUCAUACACCAGGGCAUGAAGUGCUCCUGUUGUGAUAUGAACGUUCAUAAGCGCUGUGAGAGCAGCGUGCCCAGCCUCUGUGGCCACGAUCACACAGAGAAGAGGGGGCGCAUCCACAUCACGGCCCGCAUCGAGAGGGAGGACCUGUACGUCACAGUGCGCGAGGCUCGUAACCUCAUCCCCAUGGACCCCAACGGUCUGUCUGACCCCUACGUGAAGCUCAAACUGAUCCCCGACCCCAAGAGCCAAAGCAAACAGAAAACCCGGACCAUCCGCUCCACUCUCAACCCUGUGUGGAAUGAAAGCUUCACCUUCUCCGUGCGAGGUCGCCAGUGGGACCGCCGCCUGUCGAUAGAGGUGUGGGAUUGGGAUCGCACAUCUCGGAAUGACUUCAUGGGAGCGCUGUCGUUUGGCGUGAGUGAGAUAUUCCGCCGCUCCGUCAGCGGCUGGUUCAAACUGCUCAACCAGGACGAGGGCGAGUACUACAACAUCCCUGUCCCUGACCCCGACCUGCAGGAGCCUUCUCCCGACGCGCCUCCUGGCCUCCCCUCUCCGAGCGUGGGGCCCCUCCCCUCGCCCGUCCCGGUAUCGGUGCCCAUGGCAACGCCGCCCCCCGUCUCCGUCCCGCUCCCCUCCCCGGCCGCCCCCGUGGUCCCGUGCGUGGUCCCGUGCGUGGCCCCGUGCCCACCGCCGCUGCCCGUGGUGGGCAAGCCUGGCAUCUCCAUGCAGGACUUCAACUUCCUCAUGGUGCUGGGGAAGGGCAGCUUUGGAAAGGUGCUGCUGGCUGAGGAGCGGGGCUCGGAGCGCCUCUACGCUGUCAAGGUGCUCAAGAAGGACGUGCUCUUCCAGGACGAGGACACGGAGAGCGCGCUGGUGGAGCGGAGGGUCCUGGCGCUCACCGGCCGACCUCACUUCCUCACUGCGCUCUACGCCGCCUUCCAGACCGAGGACCGGCUGUAUUACGUGAUGGAGUACGUGAAUGGAGGUGACCUGAUGUUUCAUAUCCAGAUUGUGGGCAAGUUCAAGGAACCCCAUGCUGCGUUUUAUGCUGCAGAGAUAGCCAUCGGCCUGUUCUUCCUGCAUAACAAAGGGAUCAUCUACAGAGACCUGAAGCUGGACAACGUGCUGCUGGACAGUGAGGGCCACAUCAAGAUAGCUGACUUCGGGAUGUGUCGGGAGGGGAUGAUGGAGGGGGAUACCACGCGCACCUUCUGUGGGACUCCUGAUUACAUCGCUCCCGAGAUUGUGGCAUAUCAGCCCUAUGAUAAGGCUGUGGACUGGUGGUCCUAUGGAGUGCUGAUGUAUGAGAUGCUAGCUGGACAGCCUCCCUUUGAUGGUAUUGAUGAGGAGGAGUUGUUCCAGUCUAUCAUGGAGCAGAGUGUCUCCUAUCCCAAGUGUCUGUCCCGCGAGGCCGUGUCCAUCUGCAAAGGGCUCCUGACUAAGCACCCUGGGAAGCGUCUGGGUGGGGGUGAGGACGCAGAGAGGGAGAUUCGGGAGCAUCCGUUCUUCCGCUGGAUUGAUUGGGACAGACUGGAGAGGCUGGAGGUCCAGCCGCCAUUCAAGCCCCGAACCGGUGGGCGGAAAGGAGAAAACUUUGACAAGUUCUUCACGGGGACCUCUGCGACCUUGACGCCCUCUGACCCUGAUGUCCUGGCUGCCAUCGAUCAGGACGACUUCCAGGGCUUCACUUACGUGAACCCCGAGUUUCCCUCCUCUCCCCUCACAGCAGUCUGACCCAUCCUACCA